AUGCUAUUUAUAUCAAGUGGAAAACGGAUAUUCUUCUCAAUCAGGCAGACAUUUUUUAGAGGGUGAUUCUGUACAACUUGAGUGCAACCGUGGGUACCGUCUUCUGAAUGGACAUACCACCAUUACAUGUACAGAGCAUGAUUGGUCUCCUCCUCCUAGAUGCCUUGAUAUGCUGGCUUGGACUUAA